AUGGCGAAGAUCAACGCGACGUACAGCUCCGGCUACUACCUUGCGCCGGACACCGACUACCGCAAGCUCGAGGAGGAGCAGCAGCGCGAGCGGAAGCGGCAGCGGCAGCAGGGGGUGGAGGCGUCAAGUGGGAAAGGGGUUAUACGACAGACCUUUGCCAUGCCAUUUAAUGUCAUUUGCCUCCACUGUAAUCGCCGCAUCGCACGAGGCACACAUGGUUACGUCAACCGCCGGCCGACGGAAGAGAAGUACAUGGGUAUACGUAUCUGGGAGCUGGAAUUCCGCUGCAUCUUCUGCAAGGACCACAUCUAUCUGACAACCGACUACGAAACGGCGAAGUUGACGGGUGGGUAUCACUGCAGCCGAAACUGCAAGCGCGGCGAGGGAGAUUUUUACGGGACUAAUCAAAUCAAUGAGGCAAUCCGGGCGAAACAGGCUACUGAAGAUGCGGAGAAAGGAACAUUGGACGCACUAGAGCGAGAGAAUGAAACAAUGCGGCAAGUGCAGGAGCGGGAGCGUUUGAUCGAAGAGCUUGUGGAAUCUAAGGCAGGGAUGGAGGAAGAACAGACACGGGAUGGACUGCUGCAGAUUAUUCAUGCAAGAAAGGCAAAGCAACGCGAAGGUGAGGAUGAGAGUCAGAAGGACCCUGUGGACAUGCUGGUCUCCGACGAUGAGGCGGCGUACCAGCGUUUUGAGGCAGAGGUUCGUCGCUGGCAGGAUGAGGCGGAACAGCAGCAGCAGCAGCAGUCGAAGGAAAGUGCGGUGAAGGAGGCCAAGGUGGCUGCAACCAUCACGGCGAAGUAUAGCGCUCACGAAAAGAAACGACAUAACGCCUUUAUGGAAGACUCCGACGGCGAUGGCGACAACGACGAUGACGCGUGCGUUGUGGCAUCGACGAACGGUGAUGGACUGGUACCAACAACCCAAAGCUCCACGACUACUUCUAUCACUACCGCUAAUGUGGUUAAGAGACGAAAGGGAACCGCGUUGGCUUCGUUGCUGGAUGACUGA